GUCUGUCGGCCACCUCACUUGGUGUCCGCUGUACCCCGCCGGGCAAGAGCACUCCCACUAGGGUGAGAGCAUAGAGGAGUGGCCCGGACCAUGAGGGGGACGCGGCUGGCGCUCCUGGCGCUGGUGCUGGCUGCCUGCGGAGAGCUCGCGCCGGCCCUGCACUGCUAUGUCUGUCUGGAGCCCACAGGAGUGUCCGACUGCAACACCAUCGCCACCUGUACCAUGAAUGAAACCAUGUGCAAGACAACGCUCUACUCCCGGGAGAUAGUGUACCCCUUCCUGGGGGACUCCACAGUGACCAAGUCCUGCGCCAGCAAGUGUGAGCCCUCGGAUGUGGAUGGCAUCGGCCAGACCCGGCCCGUGUCCUGCUGCAACACUGAGCUGUGCAAUGUAGAUGGGGCACCUGCUCUGAACAACCCUCACUGCCUGGCCGGGGCCCUCACGCUUCUCCCACUCCUGAACCUCUGACUCUAGAGUCCCCGCCAACCCCCAUGGCCCUGCGCCAGCCAGCCCUGUGCGGCCCAGCCCCAAAUGCCUUGAAGAAGUGCCCCCUGCACCAGGA